UCUGUUCUGAUCUGGAUGUUAUUCUAAAACACCCUGUUCUGAUCUAUUCUGAAACACCCUGUUCUGAUCUAUUCUAAAACACCCUGUUCUGAUCUACUCUGAAACACCCUGUUCUGAUCUGAUCUGAAACACCCUGUUCUGAUCUACUCUGAAACACCCUGUUCUGAUCUGAUCUGAAACACCCUGUUCUGAUCUACUGUGGGCGUUGCUCUGACACUGUCUGUGGUCUCCAUAAUGAAUGAUGUCUCUGCUCUCUCCUCCAACCACACAGACUGUCAGGUGGUGAAGGUCCCCCACCUGGUGUUCUUAGUGUUGGGUAUGGUGUCUCUCAGUGAGAACCUGUUGGUGGUGGUGGCCGUGGUGCGCAACAAGAACCUCCACUCCCCGAUGUACAUGUUUAUCUGUAGCCUGGCCACGUUCAACACCAUCUCCUCCCUCUCCAAGACCUGGGAAACCCUGAUGAUGGAGUUCAGCGAUGUCGGACAACUGGACUCCCGAGGGGACUCCGUCCGGAGGGUCGAUGACCUCAUAGACGCACUGCUCUGCAUGUCUUUUAUCGGCUGCAUCUGCAGCUUCCUGGCCAUCGCUGUGGACCGCUACGUCACCAUCUUCCACGCACUGCGCUACCACAACAUCAUGACCACGAGGCGAGCCGCCGCCGCCCUGGCGGGGAUCUGGGCGCUAUGCGGCGUCGCCGGGGCGGUCAUGGUGGCGUUCUGUGACGCCACGGUCAUCAAGAUCUUUUUCAUCGUGCUCUUCCUCAUCUCGCUGCUCCUCAUCCUCUUCCUCUACGUCCACAUGUUCCUGCUGGCUCGGUCUCACGCCAGGAAGAUUGCAGCGCUGCCCGGGAGUGCCAUGCCGCGCCGCAGCCUCCGGGGGGCGCUCACGCUCACCAUGCUAUUCGGGGUGUUUGUGGUGUGCUGGGCGCCUUUCUUCCUCCACCUCCUCCUCCUCAUGGUGUGUGUAGAGAACCCCUACUGUGAGUGCUACCGCUCUCUGUUCCAGCUGAAUUUGGUUCUGCUGAUGAGUCACGCCGUGGUCGACCCGGCCAUCUACGCCUUCCGCAGCGCAGAGCUACGAAACACCUUCAGGAAGAUGCUGCUCUGCUCUGACUCACCACUCUGCUACAAGGUCAAAGCUCUGUUCCACUGAAGGGCUUUGGCUGCACCCUAUUCCCUAGAUAAUGCACAACUUUCCACCAGCGUUUUUGACCCCGUGGGCCUUGGUUAGAGGUAGGGCACUAUAUGGGGGGGUAGGGCACUAUAUGGGGAAUAGGGCCUUGGUUAAAGGUAGGGCACUAUAUGGGGGG